AUGGCCGCGUCAGCAAAGAGUAGGGCCAUGAAGUACCUUGAAUGCAUUGAUGAUUCUGACAAUAAAACAACAAGAACUCCUCUUAGACCCACUUCGAAGUUCAACUCAUCAUCAAAUGAAUCUCCAAAGUUCAUAUCUUCAAAGGGAUGUGAUCUUGAAUUGCUCUCGAAGGAAAUGAAUAUUGUUACACCGAGCCCCUCUAAAACAGCGCUCUUACGAUCUAAAUUUGAAUCACCUUCUGUCACAGUUUCUUCAUUCAAAAGUCCUCUGAAUAAAUCUUCUGCUGAAAGCAGCAGAGUUGGAUCUCCAGUAAGAAGGCAUGCUACUACUGAUGAAGGUGAUGUUACUCAUUCAUCGAAAAGAAAUAAUGGUGUAACGCCGAUUAGUCUAGGCAAACUGAGUGAUUUAGCUCCAGAAACAAAGUCUUGGAAGAUCAAUAGUUCUCCGUCGAAGAAUGCCUCCAGAGAUUCAGCUGGGUAUGAAUAUUUGUGUCGCAUUGAAGAAACUAGAAUAUGGCUAGAAGCGGUCUUGAAAGAGCCAGUUCAUCAAGGAGCAGCGGAACUUAUUUCCUACAUAAGAAAUGGUAUCUAUUUAGCGAAGCUUGCAAAUGCUAUAUUGCCUACACGCAAGAGGGUUUUCACAAAUGAUUCCAAGUUGCAAUUUAGGCACACCGAAAACAUUAACAGGUUUUUUCAUCUUUUAGAGUACCUAGAUGUUCCAGAUUUGUUCAGAUUUGAACUAACAGAUUUAUACGAUGCUAAAAAUGUCCCAAAAGUAUGGUUCUGCCUUCGUGCUAUCAGCUACAUGUUGCACAAGCUUGAUUCGAAAUUCCCUAAGAUUAUUAACUUGAUGGGUUCAUUGGACUUUUCACCAGAUGAUGUUAGAUCUGCUAAUCGUGCAUUAGUUGGCACUGGUUUGCCAAACUUUGCUAGUGCAGAUGAAACCUCAGAUGAGUCUAGCUACAUGAAUAGCAUUACUUCUCCCACGAAGCCUGAGCAAAAAGCACAUGCUAGUGCUGUUGCUCAAGAACUUAAGCAGAAGAGUGCAACAGAUGCAUUUCCUAAGGAAAAAGUUCAAAUUAUUGAAAAUAAGGAUAAUCCUUUUAUUGAGAGUCGCCUGACCGAUGAGCAGGCGCGAUAUCGUCCAGAUUACUUUCAAGAACAAGAUUUGCAACAUAUUGACGUAGAGGGAAAUUAUUCUUUUGUGGAUGGAAUUGUUAAAAUUCAAACAUUGGCUCGAGGCGCAAACUUUAGGUAUAGGAUGUUUGUCGAUAGGAUAAUGUUGAGGUCUUACUCAGAAGAUAUAGAAAAGUUGAUAACGAUCAUUAGAGGUAACCAACUGCGUAUGAAGACUAUACAUAAACAUCGAGAUGAAUUAUUGACUCAUGGAAGAGAAAUAUUGUUAUUGCAAUCAAUAGCAAAAGCAAAAGUGGUGAGAAAAAAUGUAAUGGACUUGAAUCAUGCUCUUGAAGACUUCCAAUUUCAACGAAUUGUCCGUGGUGCUAUGCAAAGAAAUUUCAUACAAGAUUUGAAGCUGAAACUUCUUCAAAAUGAGGAACUGAUUAUAAGACUACAGUCUUAUAGUAAGAUGAAGACAAUUUUUUCAAAGUCCUCGGUCCUUAUUUCCCACAGAGAUUCAAUUGAAUCCAUAAUCUUAAGUUUUCAAUCUGCUGCUCGUCGUCGUUUAUAUGAGAACCAAACCUGUCGCCAAUCUAUUGCUAACAGUUCAAAUAAUAGAGCUCUAACAGCAUUGCAGUCCGUGAUCCGUGCUCAUAAAGUCAGACUGACUCUUUCACUAAUCAAUCGGGAACUUCAGUUGGAGUCUUUAUCCGUAAAAGAGUUCCAAGGCAUUGUAAGAGGAGGAAUAGCCAGGACAAAGUUAUGCAACAACUUUUUGCUCAUAUUGUUUGGGGAAGAUGCAUCUUUAACCGAAUUGUGUGCAAAAAUAAAGGGGGUCAUGGUCAGGAGAGAAAUUGAAAUUAAAAAACGUGUUUUGAUGAAGCUUGAAGAAACUUCGAUUGUCCCACUACAGUCUCUUUUCAGAGGUGUAUUGGGCCGCUUCGAAUACGAAAUUAAACUCGACGAUGCAUAUAACGAUAUCGAGAAUAUCAUUGUUUUGCAAGGUCUAAUAAGAGGUGCUACCAUUAGAAAGAAUAUUCUAGGAAUGAACGAAUAUUACGAGUACAAUGUGGAUAAAGUUAUUAAAGCACAGGCAUUUAUAAGGUCUAAAUAUACACGCAAAGCAUACAAGGCAUUGAUGAGUCAGAAGGAUGUGCCAUUGGCGGUAAUUAGAACCUUUGCAUAUUUGUUGACUGAUAAUGAUCUUGAUUUUCAAGAAGAAAUAGACUUGGUGGAGCUCAAAAACAUGAUUAUAGAGAAGUCUACCUGCAAUGCUGAGAUAGAGCAACAGAUUGAAAACUUGGACGUAAAAUUGGGGCUCUUAGACAAAAACAAAAUUACGAUCGAGGAUUUCGUUGAACAUAAAAACAAGAUAAAGUCUAAAACCCCAGAAGCAGUCAAUGUGAAAAAUUUGGAUACUUUAAGUAGAUCGUCGAGGAAAAGGAUAGAGCUUUAUCAGUCUAUGUUUUAUUUCCUUCAAACAAAACCGAUCUAUUUGGUAAGACUUUACCGAGCACAAGCGAGGAAGCAAAUAGAAUCUAGAAGUUCAGAUGACUUGAAGAGCUGUAUAAUUCUGCUAUUUCCUAUAAAGAACUCCUCUAUCGGGCACCACUCUAGAGAAGAAUUCUUUUUCAUAAAGUUUGUUUUCUGCUUGAUGCAAGAUGAUAUCCAAUAUAAUUGCAAGAACAUUAGCGAUCUAACUAAAACACAGAAAUGUUUCUGGACUGAAUUUAUACUAAAUUUCAACAAUCAUACGUAUCAAAGGCUGCACUUGAAGAGUAUUUUUGGCAAACUAGUAACCAAAGUUAUAGAGAAUGAUAACAUUGAUUUUGAGUCUGACCCAAGUGAGAUAUAUAAUAUGCUUAUUAAAAAGGAGAUUAAAGUAAAGGGCUUUAGUGAAAGGGAAAACGAUGUAUCUCCACAAGUUGCGAUAAAGGACCCGGAAGUAUCUAGUAGAUUUGUGGAUAACUUGAUGGGUUUGAGAGAACAUGUAACAGAUCUGUUAAACCUUCUUGAUGCAAAUAUCGAUAGAAUCCCCAUUCACAUUAGAUUGACAUGUAAUAAUGCAUACAUGUUAUCUAAAAUUCACUUUCCAGGGAAGUCCGAUUCGCAACAUCUAGCGGUCGCAGGUGUUAUAUUUAUAAAGCACUACAUUGCAUCUAUAUUACACUAUCCUGAAAACUAUGGUUACAUGAUUAAAGAUCCAAUAAAUGCUAGCCUCUACAGCUUUCGGGCUAGAAAUAACUUGAAGUAUUUAAGCAGAGUUUUGCUCCAGGUUUUCUCGAUGAAGCAGUUUAAUGAUAGCUUCUUGAAGCCACUCAAUGAGUUCGUUCAAUCUUCUAUUGAUACUACUCGAAAAAUAAUUCAAAGAAUAAUAGACGUUAAAAGUCUAGAAUUGGAAUAUGGCAUAAACGAGUUUGAUGAUAUAGUAAAGCACGAAAGGCCACAAUUGAACAUGAAAGUGAGUGAUAUGAUUUGUUUGGAAAAAAUUGUCACACGGAAUGCAGACAUUGUUGCUCCUGAUUUUGAUGACCAAUUAUACACUCUUUUGACAAGCUUGAAUGAUGAUAUCAAUUCAGCGAAUGAUCUCAUGACAUUAAGUGAAUUAGGAUAUAUUACCCUUAAUUUAAAUCCUACUACAAAAGAGGAUUCGCUUGCUGAUUCAAAAGUUAUAUCUCUAAUGACACAAGCCAAAAGAAGUAUUUUGUACAUUAUUAGGGUUCAGGAAGGACAGACACUUUUAGAAUUACUCGUGUCAGGUAUCAGCGAAGUGCAUGAAAAGAAAUUUAAAGACUUGGUUUCAAAUGAGAAGAAAGAGUCAGAAAAAUCUAAAGCAUUUGAAAAGAGAAACCCAUAUUAUAAAACUUCUUUGGGUGACUUAACUACCACCUCGUAUCGCGAUUUGAAAAAGAUGUGCUUGGAGAUAUUGUUAAAGCUUGAAGCCAAAGAUAAAUUAACUCGGAAUAAUUCCUUCCAAGAUAUACUCAAUCAUAUUGCGACAGAUAUUAAGACCAAAGAUGCUAAACGAAUUGGGCGUAAGCAGCAACUUGCGUUUGCAAGGGACACUGUUAAUAAAAUUUCAGAUAAACAAAGAUUUUUAGAGAGACAAUUGAACGACUACAAUGAGCAUAUUAAAUCAGUCGUGACUGAGUUACAGCUGAGGCCAAAGGAGAAGAAGUUUUUCAAUAUAAUUCCGGUUUUCAGUAAGCAGUACUUUUAUCAACGUGAACUUAAGAAAUCAAAUCGACUUCCUAAAUUUGGUGCAUACAAAUAUUCGGCUAAAAAGCUUCGGGAUCAGAAUGUACUACUUGAUUUUGGCGGCUUAUUACAUCACGCUUAUUCUUCGUCAUCUAAGUUGGAUUUCGUUUUUAGCUGUCAUAAAGUUGGAAUCUUCACAAUAGAGGUUGUCAAUGGUUCUGUUACUGUCCCAGGUGCCUCCAAUAUUAUUUCUCUUGAUGAUUUAUUAAACUAUCAGUAUGAAGAUCAAAAAGAAUUGGAAAUGUUUGAUAAGAUGGUAACUUUUGAUACCCACAAUUUAAGUGGACUAAUCUUUAAAAAUUUUUACGACAUUAAAAGAGACUAA